AUGGAUGCCGCAGAGAACCACGCCGAGAACAGUCCCCAAGGAUAUGAAAUUGACAAAGAGGUGAUAUUCGGCGGCCGUCAGCGGAAAGUCAAGGUCCUGACCAUUGGUGCCGGCGUCAGCGGAAUUCUCAUGGCCUAUCUCAUCCAGAGAGAUUGCCAGAACGUGGAGCAUGUCAUAUAUGAGAAGAAUAAUGACAUUGGCGGUACUUGGCUUGAGAAUCGUUAUCCGAAUUGCGCCUGCGAUGUUCCGAGUCAUGCGUAUGCCUACAACUUCGCGCCAAAUCCCGAUUGGCCCAACCUCUUCUCAAAAUCUGCAGAUAUUUGGAAGUACCUCGAUCGUGUGUGCGACACUUUUAAUCUGAGGAAGUACAUGACGUUCAACACUCUCAUAACAGGCUCAUAUUGGGAGGAAGAGAAAGGCGAAUGGAGGGUUACCUUGAGACAGAUCGCCCCUGACGGCACGGAGAGGGAGACGGAAGAGAGAUGCAACGUGCUCUUGAAUGGCAGCGGAUUGCUUAACAACUAUCAAUGGCCUGACAUCGAGGGCCUCGAGAGGUUCAAGGGUCGGAUGAUCCAUACGGCAAGGUGGCCCAAAGAUUAUCAAGAAGAACAAUGGAAGGGUGAGAGAGUUGCGGUCAUUGGAAGCGGCGCAUCAAGCAUCCAAACCGUACCUGGCAUGCAACCACAUGUAAAACAUCUUGAUAUCUUUGUGCGAACGGCCAUCUGGUUUGUCCAGAUUGCAGGGCACACCGGUACGAACGGAGAAUACUCGGAAAAACAACGACAGACCUUCCGCCAAAACCCCAGAGAGCUGGUCAAAGAGUCGAAAUUCUUUGAGAACCAAAUUAACAAGAUGUGGUCUCUGUUUUACCGAGACAGUGAAUCGCAGGCCCAGGCACAGGAAGCGCUAAAGGCCCGCAUGGAGGAAUGGAUUAAAGAUGAGCGGCUCCUGAAAGGCCUUACACCCAAAUUCAGUAUAGGAUGCCGUCGCAUCACUCCCGGCGAUCCAUACAUGCUAGCCAUCCAACAGCCCAACGUUGAUGUUCAUUUCACAGCCGUGAAUAAAAUCACAGAGGAUGGGCUCGUGGGAGAGGACGGGGUUGAGAGGAAGGUGGACACCAUCGUGUGUGCCACGGGAUUUGACGUCUCCUACCGGCCUCGUUUCCCGAUCGUGGGCCAAAAUGGCGUUGACCUCCGGGAUAAAUGGGCGCAGUGUCCAGAAGCAUAUCUUGGGCUUGCUGUUCCGGGGUUUCCAAACUACAUGACCUUCAUCGGCCCGACGUGGCCUGUCGAGAAUGGUUCCGUCAUGGGUCCUCUCAUGGAGGUCGGGAACUACGCCAUCAAGCUCAUCAACAAGAUCCAGAAUGAGCAUAUCCAGAGCAUCACGCCGCGCCAAGAUAUCACAGAUGCCUUCAACGAGCACGCCCAGGAAUGGGUCAAGCACACCGUCUGGACCGACGACUGCCGCAGCUGGUACAGAAACAACGAGACGGGUCGUGUUAACGCGGUGUAUCCUGGCAGCUCGCUGCACUAUCUUGAGCUGAUAAGGACGCCGCGCUUCGAGGACUAUACCAUCAGCUACAGGAAUAAGAGGAACAUGUGGAGCUUUCUGGGGCUGGGAAAGGCACAGCCGGAUGUGAAUCCUAAUUCCGAUUUCAGCCCGUAUCUGUCGGAGGAGAACAUUGAUCCAAAGUGGCUGGAGAAGAUUUGCGGGAAGGGAAGAGGGGAGAGCUCGAUGGCCGCGUUGGUUACAUCUUUGGGCAUGGGGGUCGUCGGGUUGUUUUUGUUCUCCACACUUGGGCGGCGGAUGGCUUGGGGAUAG